GUUCGCGAGCCACCAAGGCAAGGAAGGGAUGCGCUUUCCCGGCGGCCACGCGUACAUAAGCGGGCUAUCGAAGCUGCCGGAGAUGCCACUCCCCGCGCCGUUCCGGGUUUUCUCCCCACCCUCCUCCGCCUCCGCCGCUAGUCCCGCCGGAGCGCAGCGCGCGCUGCUCUACGGACGCCGCUCGCCGCUCGCGGGAGCGCUCCUGUUCUUCAGCAUCGGCGCCGUCAGCGCUGCGGUCGCCUGUAGGACGGGGUGCGCCAUCUCCCACCGACGCCUCCCCUUCCUCGGGGCAAGAGGUCUCAGUUCUACUCGAAUGGAGUCUGCUUCCACCACAGUGCCCUCCAUUGUCGUGUAUGUGACAGUUCCAAGCAGGGAAGCAGGCAAGAAGCUGUCACAGAGCAUCAUUAUCGAGAAGCUUGCUGCUUGUGUCAAUAUAGUACCUGGCAUUGAAUCUGUUUACUGGUGGGAGGGAAAGGUGCACUCUGAUGCUGAACAAUUGCUCAUCAUCAAGACCAGGGAAUCACUUCUGGAUGCCUUGACUGCACAUGUCAAAGCCAACCAUGAAUAUGAUGUUCCUGAAGUUAUUGCUCUACCCAUAACUGGCGGUAACACCAAGUAUUUGGAAUGGCUCAAGAACAGCACUAGGGACAAUUGAUCUCUUUUAGUGCUCGAAAUAAUGCAAAGAUGAAAGUGCCCAAGAAUAUGAAGUGAUUCCUCUAUUCUUCCAGUGGCUUGCACAAGGGAGUUUCCUAUCUUGACCUGUAUAUCAGUUACAUCGCUGUACCAAAAUCCAUGUUUACCAUCUUGUGGUGACAAAUAAUUUGAUGUCUCGUGUGGGUACUCAAAUGCAUGAGUAUUGCCAGAUUGACCCGUGUGAGUCCAAGCCAGAUCAUCAUAUCCAAACGUGCAUAUUGUUUGCCCUUGAUCGAUAUAUGCGCUGAGUUUUCUGCUGA